CAGGGCCCCAUCCAACCUGGCCUUGAACACCCCCAGGGAUGGGGCAUGGAGGUAUGACUGCUUUUGUUAUUGAUGUGCUAUUACAAGUGCUGACAUCCACUGCUCAGAAAUAAUGGUUAGCAGCAUAGAUGUUCAGAACUAAAUAUUCACGUUAGGGGCACAAUUCAAACACAACUGUGUAUAACAGCCUGAAGGACAGCCUGUGUUUCAGAAAGUAAAGCACGGCAAGGAACCCACCGAGUGCACACCCUCUGAGCUCCGCUAGAGGGGCUCAUUUAAUUAGGCAACAGCACAGUUCCCAUUCGAAUGGGGAGAGGUUCUAUCUGCCGCUUAUCGCACCAUAACCGAUUGAUAAAUACUGCACAGUAGAGACGCUAAGCCAGAACUACAAGAACUUAACAGUUAAGAAGCUGCUGCACGGGGUCCUCCGUUCUAAAAGCUUUCUGUUUCUCAUUCCAACAGGUAGCGGCUGGGCACCCUAACCAUCCUAGCGUCACCUGGAUAACGAGAACCUACGCUGCUCUUUUUCUGCACGCUUCUGCUCUCUCGGGGCUCGGCCGUGCAGCAAGCACACACGCAGCCGCGCCACGAAGCGUCCCACAGCCCUGCCCCGGCCGUGGGACCGCCCCGACGGGGUGCAGCCGGCGGUGCGGGGCGGUGCGGGGCGGGGGCUGCCCUGGAGUGCACCGCGCCCUUUCCAGGAAGCGCUCAGCGCUGAGCACGGCGGCGGAUGCUUCCCGGCAGCUGGCUCUCGGCUCGGAGCUGCGGCGAGCAGGUACGCGCCAUGCUGCUGCCGCUGCUGCUGCUCUGCCAGCUCCAGCUGACCGCGUCGAGGUUUCUGCACCGCGCACAGAGACUGAGCGGCCCGGAGCAGCCCGACGCCACGCGUGUGUUCACAUCAGCAAAGGAGGCCAAUUUAUUCAUUGGACGACAUCUUCUGAACAACAGAUUUGAUUUUGAAGCAUUCACACCUGAUAACCUGGAAAGAGAAUGUAUGGAAGAGCUGUGCAGCUAUGAGGAGGCCAGAGAAGUUUUUGAAGACACUGACAGAACGACACAGUUCUGGAACAGCUAUUCAACUACAGGUCCUAGGAUAAAAACAGGUGAUGAAACACUACAGAAAAUAAACAUUACAGGACUUCUAAUCGGUCCAAUUGCUGCUGGAGGAAUGUUAGCCAUAAUUGGACUACUUAUCUUCUACUGCUGCAAAGAUAGAUGUAAAUCAAGGCAACCACCAGGGCACUUGGAUCAUAGAAGAAGCAGAAGACGUAGUUCGACUUCCACCUUCAGAAGGCACGAAGAGCUUUCUUUAAAUCCACUUCCUCCCAGAACUGAUGAUUCAGGACUGCCAACUUACGAGCAAGCAGUUACUUUAGGCGGACAACAUGAUGCACCACCACCCCCCUACCCAGGGCCCCCAAAAUGGGUACGGGCAUUUAGGAAGUCUAUGUCGCUUCCUGCCCCUUAGCUACAAACCUCCUCCUAAAGGGAGGAGGGACUAUUGAGGUAUAACAAACUUUUACAAAGUUCACUACCUUGCAUAUUGCAAGAUGGUUUACAAAAAUGUGAAAGAUCGCUAGCACAACUAGGAGCAAAUCAAGAUCCCCUUUGGGAGAACUGAACUGUUGCAAAAGCUGCAGAACUAUUCUUUGCACAAGGGCGUUUUGCUAAGAAGAGAGAAUGUAUGAAGAAUAAGUCUUGUUCCGCCCCUCUUCCACAUGCACUUUGAGCCAUCCCAUCAUAUUAUUGGUGUUUUAUUAAUAGUUUCAUCUUGUUUCUUUAGAAGGAACAUUAUUUUAAUUGGUUUUAUUGACAGUAACCAUUUUCUGGUGACAUAAUACUUUCAGUCAUCAUCACAAGUCUACUGUGUUGUUUGACAUACUUUACUGCUGUGUGGAUUUUCUAUUCAUUCUAGUAAUAGAUUUGAGUAUGAAAGUCAUGUAAUGGGUUUAUCUUGCAAGUGUGAAUAUGUUACUGCUUCUGGAUUACAAUGGUUCGUUUUAGACUUUGCUGGUAAACAUUACUUAAUUUGAUGUAUUUUUGCGAUCGUUAUUUUCGAUUAAAAAGAGUAAUUAGUUGCAUGGCACAUUGUACACUCAACAAAAAUAUAAUUUAAUCAAAGGCUUUUUUUAUUG